CAAGCCGAAGUCCCAAAGGAUCAAACGACAUGCUUUCAGUGCCUCGACUGCACUGUCCAAAAACACCCAAAAGAAAGGGAUGUCGUCUCUUUCCCGCCUUCUCCGCCGCGCAUUCUCCACCGCUGCUACUGCUGCAACAACCAUCACCUCCAACGCAGCCUCUGACACCGCCAAAUCACUCUCUUAUCUAAUCUACAAAGAACGUAACCACAAGAAACUCGUCAAGAAAUUCAAAAAUGCCUCCGUAAACGAGCACUUUCGCACCAAAGUUUCCAUUUACAAAGAAACCAUUCGCCGUCUCUCAGUUUCGAGGAAAUUUGACUACGUAGAAGAAAUUCUAGAGGAUCAAAAGCAAUAUAAGGACAUGUCAAAAGAGGGUUUCAAUGCUCGUUUGAUUUCUCUUUAUGGUUCGGUGGGCAUGUUCGAUCACGCACGCAAGGUGUUUGAUGAAAUGCGUGAAAGACAAUGCACUCGGACUGUCAUGUCUUUUAAUGCGCUGUUGGGAGCCUGUCUUAGUUCGAAGAAUUUCGAUGAAGUAGAAGGCUUGUUUAGAGGGUUAUCGAAGGAGAUAAAGAUUGAACCAGAUUUGAUUUCGUAUAAUACGGUCAUCAAGGCAUUCUGCGAGAUGGGUUCAUUGGAUUCGGCAGUUUCGUUGCUGGAUGAAAUGAAAAAGAAGGGUCUUGAGGCUGAUUUAAUUACUUUUAAUACACUUUUACAUGGUUUUUAUGCGAAUGGAAGGUUUGUUGAUGGGGAGAGGAUUUGGGACCAAAUGAAGGAGAGGAAUGUUGAACCAAACAUAAGGAGUUAUAGCGCCAAGUUGUUUGGAAUGGCAUCAGAGAAGAGAAUGAAAGAUGUGGUUAGGGUUGUUGAAGAAAUGAAUAGUAAGGGGAUUAAACAUGAUCCCUUUAGUUACCAUGCUUUGAUAAGAGGGUUUGUUAAUGAAGAUGAUUUUGAUAAAGCUAAGCGUUGGUAUGGCGAGAUGUUGAAAAAUGGGUGUAAACCGCAUCGUUUGAUUUUCGAGACAUUGAUUCCUUUUGCUGUUGAGAAGGGUGAUUUAGCUUUCGCUUUUCAGCUUUGCAUGGAUGUUAUCCAUAGCAAGUUGGUUGUUCAGGAGGCGUUGAUACAAAGUGUCGUGGAGGCAUUGGCUAAGGAGUCAAGGAUAGCAGAAGCAAAGGAGCUUGUUGGUCACGGGGAAUCAGGUCGUGCCCAUUCUUAUAAGUUGAAAUUGCCAACGCCAACUUGCAAUGCAUAGACCUCUCUGGUUUCUGUUUUUCGUCGGGUAUAGCUGCAAAUGUCGAUGAAAGGAGGGUUUUUUGGAGCUAGGCGUUAGAAAACUCACAAACUCGUAGCUUGGUGAUGCUUUUUGAUCAGUGGUACUCCCCACUACUUUCUUAAUUUGUUCUUUUCGUUUUUCUUUUUUCUUUUUAGCUGCAGUGGUAGUCAAUCUAUGUCCUCACUUCUGAUCGGCAUAUGCAUGCUUCGUUCAUUUGAUGUCAAGCUUGUAACCCUUAUGUGUGAAAAGGCUCUCAUUUUAUAAUUAAAGGGAUAUUACAUUUACAAGGAAAAAA